AUGCACAGAGGGAGGAGGAGGAAGGCCACAUACAGGAACAAUGCCAGUCAGGACCCAGUCAAGUCAACAGAGAGCCUCAGCAGCUUCACUUCGAGUCUAAUGGAAUCUGUAGCUCUGAUCUCCGUCAUCCUGGCUCUACUCACAGGAUGCUGUGCUGGGCAGAAUGUACUUCCACCAGGACCUGUGAAUGGAGCAGUAGGAGGGAAUGUGACAUUCACCACAACCAUUGAUCCCUCAACAUCAACGCAGUUUAUUGUAAUAACCUGGACUUUCAGAACUGCCUCUGCAUCUGUAACUGUAAUCACCUCUAGCCCUGGUGGUGAAGUUCCAGGACCUGGGUAUGAAGGCAGAGUCAGUGUGAACAGGAUCACUGGUUCUCUGGAGCUCAGGCAGCUGACAGUGGGAGAUGCUGGGGGAUACACUGUGCAGUUGACACCAAAUGGAGAUGCACCACUGAAUGGAGAGACAACACUGGGAGUAUAUGAGCCAGUCUCCAGUGUGACAGUAACAGCCAAUGGGACUGACUUAGUGGAGUUCAAUGACACUGUCAGCCUGACAUGCUCUGCCUCUGGCACCUCCCUCUCUUUCCGAUGGCAUAAUGGCAGCUCUGACAUCAUAACCAGCGACCGUAUCCAUCUGAGUGAUAAUAACCGCACUCUCACCGUAUCCAGUGUGCUGAGGUCUGAUAGUGGAUCUCUGUCUUGCACUGUGUCAAACGUCAUCAGCAAAGCCACCAGCCGGCUCGUCAUCCUCAAUAUCAGCUCUUUUGAGUACCUCCUGUGUCUUAACAAUGAUAUGUAA